GUAGUUGAUAGUUUAAUAUAUUUGUAUUUUGGUGAGCGCUGUCACAGUUAUAUGUUGGCAAGAUGGCAGAAAAGGUAGAGAGUAUUACUUCAACUUUUGAAAAUACAACGGAGAGUAGCAAUGCGAUGGGAAAAAUACCAUCAACACCUGAAGGAAUGGCUAUUGCUUAUGGAAGUCUUGUUAUUAUGGCCAUAUUGCCGAUAUUUUUCGGUAGUUAUCGUUCCGUCAAGCACCAUAAGGAACAACAGAAAAAAUUUGAAAUUAGUGGAGAAAAACCAGGGAUUAUGACUCAAAAGGAUGCAGCUAUGUUUCCAUUUAUUUCUAGUAUGGCACUAUUUGGACUUUAUAUAUUUUUUCAGGUAAUUUUAAGAGAGUAUAUCAAUCUUUUGCUUACUGGUUAUUUCUUUGUUCUUGGUAUUUUAGCUCUUUGUCAUCUUUCAAGUCCAGUUAUUACAUCUUUAGUACCUACAGCUAUUCCUAAGACUCAAUAUCAUUUGCAAUUAGCAAAAGAAAAUGAUGAUAUUAUAAAUUAUAAGUUUAAUCUUCAUGAUUUAGUAUGUUUGGCAUGUUGUUCCAUAGCUGGGGCUUGGUAUUUAUUAAAAAAGCAUUGGAUUGCUAAUAAUUUAUUUGGAAUCGCAUUUGCAAUUAAUGGGGUUGAGCUUUUGCAUUUAAAUAAUGUAGUAACUGGAUGUAUUUUAUUGUGUGGACUUUUUGUUUAUGAUAUUUUUUGGGUUUUUGGAACAAAUGUUAUGAUAAGUGUUGCUCGUUCAUUUGAAGCUCCCAUUAAAUUAGUAUUUCCUCAAGAUCUGUUGGAAAAAGGACUAAAUGGUAAUAAUUUUGCCAUGUUAGGUUUAGGAGACAUUGUUGUACCUGGAAUCUUUAUUGCUUUAUUAUUAAGGUUUGAUCAUAGUCUCAGCAGAAAAUCAAAUACUUAUUUCUAUGCAACAUUUUUUGCAUAUUUGAUGGGUUUACUCAUUACUCUACUGAUUUUGCAAUUGUUUAAGCAUGCUCAACCUGCUCUAUUAUAUUUAGUUCCUGCUUGUCUAGGAACUCCACUCAUGGUAGCACUGGUUAAAGGAGAUUUAAAAGCUUUAUUUUCAUAUGAGGAUCAUCCGUCAGUUACUAAAGAACACUCACUGCAAACAGAGAAUAGAAAAGAAAACUAAAACUAUAUAUUCCAAUGAUAAUUAUAAUUCAUGAAAUGUCUGAGUU